ACACAUGCAGUAGAGAGAAAGGAGUAGAGAGAGGAAAGUAAGUGAGGAUUAGGAGAACGAUACAAGUAAGAAAACAAAGGAGAGAGAAGGGAGGAGACUAAUGGAGAAACAUAAUUAGGAUUAGAAAUAGAAAGAGGAAGGAGAAACAUGAGACGUGAAACUUCAGAGAGCUAUCUGAAAAUGAAGGGAGUGAGAUUAGUUCUAUCAAUUUGUGUCAGGAUUCAAAGGAUAUCAGGAAGCUAUGUGCAGCAUCAAUUUAGUAAUCUAAGAAUAAAACAUGGAUUGAAUCGAGUAGCGUUGAAGAACGACAUUUUCAUUUCCCCCUUUGAACUUAAUGUACUUAGGGUGCCCUCCAAAGGCUGGAUUGUCGUCGGCCAUAAUCAAUUAUCGCCGCUUUCGCUAUCUGAGUCCGCAGCCGCGGUGCCGCCUGGGGAGCCCAAGCUCAGUCAAUAGCCCUUCCACCGUUGCCAACCGUAAACCAGAAUCCAAAUCUAGCAAAGUUUGAAACAGAAGCACAAUCUUUGUCCCAAACCCGGAGUGGCCGGCAACCACCACCGAUUCGAUCGUCAUGAUCAUGCACAAUCUUUGUCCAGGUCACCACCGACAAACCCAAAAAAAACCAUCACCACAAUCUUUCAGAUCUGAGUUUUCUAUCAAUGUUGUUGGAGAAGUGCUAUGGGUAUUGCCUAGUUAUGCCAAUGAAGCUGAAGAUCGUCACGGUGGUGGAGGCUCUCUCUUUGUGUGAAUUGGUUCGACGCAUCCGUUUUCAUUUUGGUUCAUCUGGGUUCCAACUUGAUGGGUAUCAGUUUAUGGUGUUUGCAAAGGACUCCGAAGCAGAAAUCUAGUGGCUUGAAUAUAACUAAUUAAGAGUCGAUGCAUAAUAGCAUUUUGUGUUGAUGCACAAUCAUAUUUGAAUCCAAGGCAUAUGUUGAUUUGGGCAUGUUUAUGCCAUUUUCUUCAUAGAAAGAUUCUCCUUUUCUUUUGAUUUAAUAAUGAGAGAAAGGCAGAAAGCUCAAAUGAUUGGGUCGAGAAUGAGAGGAAA